GUCUGGGGUUUUGACGGCGCCCUUCCCCUUUCUCCGCCCCUUCGCUCGGCUCCCUGCGAUCGCCCCCAGCUGGCGGGGCUCGCGAACCGAGGGCAGCAGGAUCCUCUGCGUGGCUGCAACUCGAGUUAAUAAACAGUUAAGUUUGGAAGACUCAGCAGACACGUUGAGGGGGAGUUACCGAGCCCAGGCAGCAAAAACAUCCCGGCGCAUUCCUGGGGAGUCCUCAGCUGCCAGCAUCUGAUUAGAACCAUAUCUCGCCGGGAGUGGCCGCGCGGCUGAGGCUCCCGGGCCGGCAGCUAUUUAAGCGCGGCCGCCGUGUCGGCUGCGCGGCAGCCUGGAGGCUCGGCGCGGGCAAGUCAUGCUGGCUUCGCAGAGGCGCUAGCUAGCCUGUGUCUGUGGUAGGUUAUGUUCGUUUGAGACUUCUCCACUGGGGAUUGCCUAAGUGUCACUAAGUGUCUCCUGGUACCAGAGUUGCUGUCUGCCUUCUUGCCAUGUCUAACGAAGUAGAAACAAGUACAACUAAUGGUCAGCCUGACCAACAGGCUGCACCAAAAGCACCUUCGAAGAAAGAAAAAAAGAAAGGCUCGGAAAAGACAGAUGAGUAUCUUUUGGCCAGAUUCAAAGGUGAUGGUGUAAAAUACAAGGCUAAACUCAUCGGCAUUGACGAUGUGCCUGACGCCAGAGGGGAUAAAAUGAGCCAAGAUUCUAUGAUGAAACUGAAGGGAAUGGCAGCAGCUGGUCGGUCUCAGGGACAACACAAACAAAGGAUCUGGGUCAACAUUUCUCUUUCUGGAAUAAAAAUAAUUGAUGAGAAAACUGGGGUAAUAGAGCACGAACAUCCAGUAAAUAAGAUUUCUUUCAUUGCCCGUGAUGUGACAGACAACAGGGCAUUCGGUUAUGUGUGUGGAGCAGAAGGCCAGCAUCAGUUUUUUGCCAUAAAAACAGGGCAACAGGCUGAGCCAUUAGUCAUUGAUCUUAAAGACCUUUUUCAAGUUAUCUAUAACGUAAAGAAAAAGGAAGAAGAAAAGAAAAAGAUGGAAGAAGCCAACAAUGCAGUAGAGAAUGGAAGCGAGACCCUAAUGACUCUUGAUGACCAAGCUAACAAAUUGAAAUUGGAAAGCAAAGAUAUCCUGUUAGUGGAUCUAAACUCUGAAAUCAACACCAAUCAGACUUCUUUAAGAGAAAAUUCAUUCUUAGCAAAUGGCAUCACCUCCUCUUCUCUUCCUCGACCAAAGCCUCAGGCAUCUUUCUUGCCGGAAAAUGCCUUUUCUGCCAAUCUCAAUUUCUUUCCCACCCCUAAUCCUGAUCCUUUCCGUGAUGAUCCUUUUGCACAGCAAGACCAAUCGACACCUUCUUCAUUUGAUUCUCUCAAAUCUCCAGAUCAGAAGAAAGAGAAUUUGAGUGGCUUGUCUACUCCACUAAGUAAUGGGCCCCUGAAUGGGGAUGUUGAUUAUUUUGGUCAGCAAUUUGACCAAAUCUCUAACCGGACUGGCAAACAGGAAACUCAGGCAGACCCGUGGCCCCUUUCAAGUCCGCAAACACAGCCAACAGUGAGAACUCAGAAUGGGGUAUCUGAAAGAGAACAGAACGGCUUCCAUGUCAAAUCCUCCCCGAACCCUUUUGUGGGAAGCCCUCCCAAAGGACUGUCCGUACCGAAUGGCAUAAAGCAGGACUUGGAAAGCUCUGUCCAGUCCUCACCACAUGACUCCAUAGCCAUUAUCCCACCUCCACAAAGUACCAAACCAGGAAGAGGCAGAAGGACUGCUAAGUCUCCAGCCAAUGACUUGCUUACGUCAGACAUCUUUGCUCCUCCCGACUCAGAACCUCCAGGCCAGACGUCACCUACAGGACAAUCUACAACCCCACAGAGCAACCCUCUGGACCUCUUCAAAACAAGUGCUUCUGCCCCUGUGGGACCCCUUGCAGGUCUAGGUGGUGUACCAAUUACACCCCCUCAGGCAGGACCAUGGAACCCAACAUCUUUAGUGUUCAAUCAGUCCACUUCAAUGGUCCCAGGAGCCAUGCUGGGUGGCCAGCCUUCAGCAUUCAGUCAACCAAUCGUUUUCACCACAAGCCCAGCUGUUCCAGGUUGGAACCAGCCUUCAUCCUUUGCAGCCUCAACUUCCCCUCCAGCCCCUGUUGUUUGGGGCCCCUCAGCCUCUGUGUCACCCAAUUCUUGGUCAUCAACAAGCCCUUUAGGGAAUCCUUUUCAGAGCAAUAUUUUUCCAGCUCCUGCUGUGUCUGCCCAGCCCCCUUCUAUGCUCUCCUCUCUCCUGGUCACUCCUCCUCAACCACCUCCCAGAACUGGCCCUCCAAAGGACAUCUCCACCGAUGCCUUCGUUGCCUUGGACCCACUUGGGGAUAAAGAAGUCAAGGAAGUGAAAGAAAUGUUUAAGGACUUACAACUGCGGCAGCCACCUGUUGUGCCCGCAAGGAAAGGAGACCAGACUUCCUCUGGGACUUCAAGUGCCUUCUCCAGUUAUUUCAACAACAAAGUUGGUAUUCCUCAAGAGAAUGCAGACCAUGAUGACUUUGAUGCUAAUCAGCUAUUGAAAAAGAUCAAUGAACCACCAAAGCCAGCUCCCAGACAAGGUGCCCUACCAGUUACCAAAUCUUCUGACAAUGCAUUUGAGAAUCCUUUCUCUAAAAAUUCUUUCAGCUCAUCACAAGCCUCUAUGGCUUCUCCUCAACCUGCACCCCCCGAUGUAUAUAGAGAUCCUUUUGGAAGUCCUUUUGCCUAACUUCUGUACUUGGCAUACGGACUAUCCAGAGGAACAAAAAAGGUUGGCCCUUAGUAGUCAAGGACAAAGCUAAUAGCCAGACAAGUCCUGAUCUCUGCCCUUGUUCCAGCUUUGACAUAUUAUCUGUUGCCUUAUCUCUUGUUGCCUUUCCCACCUGUAAAAUGCCUUUCAAUUUAUGUUUAGGUUAAAGCUAAACUGAAUCUACGGCUUUAAAUAAAUUAAGAACCUAAACUCUCUAGCUUAAAUGUAAAUGAAGUAGUUUCCCUACUUGAACCCUUGCCUGUUGUGUUCCUAGAACCUUCUAGAACAUUCUACCAUAUACCGUCUGUUUGGAAGACACAGCCACCACAACCCCUUAGAUCAUACUGUUUUGAAUAAAUUUCAAAGUCCUUACUGUUCAAAGUUGUUUGGGGGUUCUAUUUUAGAGCAGAAAAUCCAAAAAUUGUAGUAGAACAAGGCACCUUCUUAAAUCUUGCUUUAGACCAUCACUUACAGAGAAUUUUUAAAGUAAAAUUGAAGUGAGUCCAACUUCUCCUUAGGCAUUUUGGAAUCUGACACUCCUAAGAACCUUUUUAAAGAUAUAACUUCUCUUCUUUCUGAAGAUCGUAUUUCUCUCAAGAGUGAGAUUGUCCUUUUUCCAAUCUCCUGCUAGUCAGUGCAAAUGAGGGAAAAGCAUUAUUUGUCUUUCCUCUCCUUUUCCCUCUGAUUGUCUUUUCAGUCAGUUUUACUCCCAGGUUCAUAUAUCACCUCCCUUUUACAAGGAACAAAGUUUUAUGGGGCAAAAUAUCUAAUGAUUCACAGAUCUGAACCCUGUCAUCUUUUCAGUAAUCAUUAAUCCCAGUAACCAGAAUUGUAAAUGGGCACAACCUUUAUCCUUUCUGUGGAAUAGGGGGCCAUCCUCCCGAAGUUCCAGAAGAGCAGUUAAUGUUGAAGAAAAACUGAAUUCAACUCAGCAGUGAACUCAACUCAGACUGUAUUCUGAAGAGCAACACAUUACAAAGUUAAAUGUGAUUGUGCCAAACACAUUAGGUGCUUAUUUGGGGUCAUGCUAGACCUUUAUCAAGUAACUGGAAAACUUUCUUGAAGCCACAAUCUCAUAGUUAGUAGGAAGAUAAAUAAGAAAGAAAAACGGAAAAAAAAAAAACUGUAGAACAAUUAUUUGCUCUUACCAUUGAAAAUCUAAUGUCUGCAAUGACUUUUUUCCUCAUAACCUUGGAAACUUUCCCAGUUUAUUUUUAGUCCUAUUGUUAGCACAGUUCUGAAGGAUUUGUUCUUGCCAAAAUGAGUUUUGUUUGUUUAUGUUGGGUUUUCAAUGUUGUCUCUUGACCCCCCUAAUGCUCAGGUUCUUGUGGGUGUUAAUCAACCACAUAUAAUGUAACCUUUAGGUAGAGGAUGAAGAUGACUGCUCAGGAUCUAAAUAAGAUGGUGGCCUCAUGAACCUCUAUUGAUUAGCCCCAAGUAGUCCAAGCUAAAGUCCUGUGGUUUUAUAUUUAAUGGUAAUAGCUGAUCAUGUUUGGCAUAAUUUUCCAUCUGGCUUCCUACUCAGUCAUUAUAAGCACAGACUUGAAUUUCUAUUUUAUAUGUCCAAAUACCUAAAUGUGCUAAACUGGAGGCAAUUAUUUCUAGGUAGUUGAACUUUUGAAACUAGAAACAUUUUUGAAAGUGAUGAUCAACCACACAAUUGUUUUAUACAUACUUGUUUUCUUGUGCACUUUUCUGUAUGCAAAUAAAGCUAUAAAUUUACUCAUUUCAAUAAACUGGAAUGGCAGAAUCUCA